AUGACCGACGCCGAGGAAGUUCUGCUUCCACCCUCUGCGUUCUCGAGACCGUCGAAAAAGACCCCAGAUCACGCCACUCGCCAUUCAUUUCUCCAAAACCGAAACCCGGGUUCACCAAACGGAGAUGUUGCGCCCCAUCUGGAGUUUCGUCCACCACCAACUACACUUCCCAGGCCGAUUACACUAGACUCACUCGUAGAUCGGCGCAACCUUCAACAGUUAGUGGUUUUGUCUGCUUUUUACUGUUUUCUCUUCUACUAACUUAACAAGAAGUUGCUUUGCAACUGCAGUCCAGGGCUUCUUUGCUGUGUUACUUUUUCAUUUGGGUAUCCGGCCUGAGAUCUAACAACACCCCGCUGUCAGUUAGUUCACUUUUAUUAAUUAACGGUUGCUCUCUGUUGUGGGCUAUAAAACUGCCCAUCCCGGUACCAUUUGCACUCGACCUACCCAAUCGGAGUGUGGAGAUCAUAGUCUUGCGUUUAUCUGAAAAAACCGGUCGGCCUGUUCCCCGGCGGACGACGUUUGUGCGGGGCAGUUUAACGGAAGGGCACUCUUUUGCAUCUCUCAGACCCCACCGUCCAUCUCUCCUAUACACCAUUUUCAGGUUCCAGGCAUGUGAAACAGAGCGACGUUGCCGACAAAGACAAGAGAAACUGCCUUGGGGCUCGGUCUAGAGUUCCGCAGGCAACCGCUCAACGGUUAGUAGUACAGUCAGAAUGACGUUACCGACCAUGACAAGGGGGAUUGGAGUGGUCGUUUCUGGCUCCUUAGCCGUCGUCAGUCAGUCAUACUCCAACCCCAGGUUUCCAUCAUCUAAGGUUGAGACCUGCGUUCAAUGGGUCAGAAGUCCAACCAUUGGGCCGCGGGCUCACUGUCCUGCCGGUUGCGAUCGGAUAUAUUAAAUGCGAUAGAGGGUCUUCACCGAUCGUAUUACCGGGCCCCUUCGUUCCGUCAAGCGAUCGGUGGGCGCUCUCUACCAUAGGUAAGCGAAGCCUCGUGGGAUAAAAGGUAACACUGCUACGACUUGUGCUUCCCCUUCUGGCCUCGCGACUUAUUAAGUCGAUGUCAAGCCACGCAUCGAGAUAUUACCAUUAUCUGAUCCACGACCUCUUAGGCUUCAAACUCGAGAGCCUACUUGUUUCGCGGCAGAGCUCCACUGAGGUCCCUCCCGCCUUCAGCAACCUGUGAACUUGCCAGGUAUUUUGCGGCCGGCCUAACAGACAGGCCUCGUCUGCACGCGAUUCUUGUCCCUCCCGUUGACCGCUAUUCCAUACUGAUCUGCCACUAGGGCUUACAACGCUGUUCCUCGCAUCAUUGAAAAUAAGUGUGUAACAGAAUGGCAGAAGCUUUCACAGUUCCGGAUACGAGCGUGACCUUGAGAAGGCUUCCCCCUCAGAACUCCAGAGUAGCAUCGAUUGAUGAUGCUAAACUCCAACUUGCCCAGACUUCGGAUUUCGUCAAGAUAGACCAAUGACCGUGGAUGGCACCAGAAUGUAGGGGACCCCCAAAUUGCUGACUUUCGUUAGUUUCAAACCAGGUUGCGGCAAUUCUAAGGGGAGCAUAGGAUGUCCAAGGACCAAAAAAACUAGCAAAGUUGAGGAACCUCAUUCUGUUUGUAGUUCCUGGGGCUCAAUGACUAGCUUAAAGGUUAGAAGCAAGAACGUAGCAAAAAUCUUGCUUGUGACGAGAUUUCGAGUCUUCAUGGGAGGAGGGCACUUCAUACACUGAGGGUAGACAGAAGCGGUUGUUUCAUGUAUGUCACCAAACGUCAGCACCAUCUGGAAUAUUGUAGUUGUCCUAUCGAUAAUUUUUUCACGAGAAAAGACCAUUAAAUCAGGACAUUCGGCCACUGGAUGCUGGACAAGGAAUUUGCUCAGAGCUGCAACUCAACUGAUUCGUGUCGGUCCUUAGAUUAAAAGGAGACACACUGCUGUGCAGCACUAAUCAGCGCUCAUUCGCAGAGCAGGGGUUGGUGCGACUAGUCUGACGCGGCCAAUACCACACCCUGGUCUCCUGCCUUCAGGAGGAGCUGCUUGCCUGACCUUUUUACCUUCAUAAAACACUUUUUUGAAGAAAAAAACAGAAAACAGGCUUCAGAGCUAGGCAAAACCACCGAGGGAAAGACGCGCAUCUUCUGGAUACUGGUUAAAAUUAAAUGCUCUCCUGUCACUUAUGACAUUCGGAAACUGACAGUUAGCACGACUGAUGGCUUCAAAUGGUGUCACCGACACAAAUAUGGGGGGGAUAGAGUGGCCAUUUUUAGCUCAUUUACCUUCCCCGGCCAGCCAGUCAGUCAUGCACCAACCCCACGGCUGCAACUGAGCCCUAUUCUGUCUUGAAAUCAGGCUCCCCCAGUGAACACUACUCCCACGUGGCCUAGCUGAGUUCAGUGGCCUGUCGGCUUUUACACUUCCUCUGGAGUUUCUUUUGUAGAUUAGCAGUAGUCGCGAGUGCCUGUCUGUGGGGGUCAGUAACUGCUUUGCUGACGUCGCAUAUCACUUCGUUUUUGUCGUAUCACAAGUCAGUCUUGAAGGUAAGAAACUGAUGCAGUCAGUAGGCACUUUUUGCUAAACGGGUUUGGACGACAUAAUUCCAAGUGUUAGAAUGCAGAAUUGGGCCGAAUUGCUGAGGUCUUACUGAUAUCAAUAUCGACCGUUUGUGUAUUUAGCUUUUACAUUAUUACUCCAAGUAAUCAGUCGCGUUUGUUACAAAAGUCCGCUCCUAACGCAGCUGACGUAUUCGAGGGACCUGUAGUCCGAGCUCGUCUUUUAGAUUUUUUUCAUGAACUUUCAAUAUUUACUAUUUCCCAUGACUUGCAUUAGAAUAAACUGUCUGUUACAUGUUUGAGACGAUAUCAUCUUAGUGUCCACCCCAUCUAUGAUGAAACAUCCAGAGAUCAAACAGUGAGUCAUACCUACUUAAGGAAGAUCGAAUCAGCGUUUGGUCAGUAGCCUAGGAAACCAUGAGUAAACUUCCUCACUGAUUCGAUACCUUUGUCAGUUGUCUGAGGGGCUACCCUCUAAGGAGCAUUUGCCGUCCUUCUUAAGGUAUCCAAGGCUUGAUUUUGUCUACAUCAUGUUCGGCAACAGUCGGGAGAGGGUAGCCAAAUAUCCGUUGCCUAGAAAUAAUACCUACUAUAUCCAUUUGAGUAGGUUAUAGCCGUAAACUGUCCUUUUCCCUAGUGGAUACCAUUUUUCAACUGUGCCUAUUACCCUCUCCCUCCCCUGCCUGUAAAGGUGCGCACAAACGGCCUGCCAACACGAGGACCGAUGCACCAAACUGGCCGAAAAGGUGACCAGACUGCGAGCUGACUUAUCUGCGGCCGAGGCCAACUAUCGGAAGGCCACGGAAAGCCUGUCGGCUCUUCGCGCCUACGUAGGCAGUGAGGCCUGCGCCAGUCACCGGGCCCAACCGACUGCUCAGACGAAAGGUGAAGAGACGAUGUCGGAAGGGCAGGUAGGAAGUCUCCUUCUGGCGAAUGCUCUUCCACCGUCGUUUAUGCCCUCAUUCGUGAACCACAAAACACCGGGCUCGUGACUUGAUGGUAGAAGGUUAGACUACCUGAUGAGUAGUCUCCAAAGGACCGGGGUUCGAAUCUUAGGCCAUCGAGACCUGGGGUUGGGAUAUGGCUGGCUGACGACGGCUAGUAAGCCAGAAAUGGCCGUCCCAGUCUCCGUUGUGUUUGGCAGUAGUCUCCUUCUUUCGUUUGACAUGUCAGAAACUGCAUAGGGGACGGUAGUGGUCUAUUAACGAGUCGUUGAUGUGUCACUCGGUCACAGGAAGUCCGUGCCUGAAUCUUUAGUGCGUGUCUGUGUCAGGAGCAUGGUAGGCACACCUGGUAGAGGCUUUGGCCUUGAGCAACUUAUAGGGCACCGACUCAGCGUCCGUGCAUCAAGCAAUAAGGGAUGAUGUUUGGAUGCAGAAACGUUGGUUCCUUUACGUGGAUAGCGAAGACUAACUUGACAAAAGCUGGCACUCAAGUUUGUGCUGAAGCGUAAAACUGCAGAAUGCCAUGUCGUCGGAGCGAGCGUCUGAUAGAUAUAAGGUCGAGAUUUGGAGCAGUCGGCAACGGUAGGAUGAAGAACCGCAGGCAUCUGUUGCGUAAAAAACUACCUACUAUACCUGUUUAAGUAGGCCGUAGUUUGUUCAUUACUGCUCUACACCUGGAGGCCGCCUUCGCUUUUGUCCCUCGUCUUUUGUUUGUUUGCUGCCGUUAAGCACACAUCCCCCGUGCGGAUGUCAGCAACCUAUCAGCUUUUUUGGCAUUUGCGGUCCGUCGCAGGCGUUACCUUUCAAUUUACACCACCGUUGCCGAACGAUCCAUGUCGGCCUUCUAACUACACGACGAUUUUCAAGGAUGCUAACGUUGCACAGGUCGGCCACCUGAUUAAGUAUCUCCUCCCAUAUGUUGCUGCAUAUCCACUCCUACACAGAAUAUUCUCAUUGCAACCCAUCGAUCCAUAUGACAGAAAGUUGUGUGGUUUUCGACCUCCAAGUUUUACGGGAACCGACUCCUUACUACAAUAGAUCUGACGCGUCUGAGCCUAUAUUACGACGCGCCAAGAGUCAUGGCUUGAAAGGCUGCCAACUGACAACAGAACUCGGGCCCUUCUUUGGGACAGUAGAACUUUCUCGAUUUUAGCUUUUACAACACCUGUCACUUCAUUGGCUACGAGCCAGUGUGAAGUAAGCAAUAGAAGGGAGACUUGUUUAGAAACCCCAACUGACUCCAUGAUCCGGUCUUGUUCUGAACUGGUGGUCGGUCUGUUACUUAUCCUUCUUAAUGUGACCUUUUUGCUGGUCCUGAGACAUCUUCGUAAAUGCAGUUAGUGACCUAACUCAUGAAAUGCGUCGAAAUUUACGAAUGAUUGUCAAUCACUUGCAAACCGACACCAUUUCAUGAGUCCUAUGUCUAUGUCAAUUAAGUACAAGUUUAAAGGAAUUAAAUACAUAUAAGAAAUAUUAAAGGAAGUGUUGCAUUGUUUAGAAGCGCCGAUUUAUUUUGAAAAUCGCAAUAUCCCGAAAACGUCAGAAAUGGCUCUAAUUUAGUAAACUUCUUUUUUAGAUGUAUAGAACGUAUUUUCAUACCAAAAACGUAGUAAAUAUGAAAGUAGAAAUAAAAUAACGUCUAAUAAUAGUGUUUAUGUGAGGUUUACAUCUAAAUAUCAAUUGAUAAUUAGUGCGAUUUCAUGUAUGACGGUUUGUCAACUGCCCACAUUCCGAGUGUAGAUUCCAAAACAGUUUUCCAGCGUUUCGUGUUAUUAUUGAGUCUUUUCAGUUAAAUGAGAUGGGAUUCAACAAGAGAAACAGGAUUUUGCUUGAUUUCACCGAUGGGGACAUCGUAGGAACAAGAGUUUUCAUAAGGUGACAUGCUGUGAGGCCGGUCGGUGCCUAAUAAAUUUAAAUAGAACUGACAGGCGUGAUCGUAAACAUAUCAGUUUGUGUUUAUAGAGAGAACCUUUCUUCCGUUAAAUUAAUUUACACUCUUCCUUCGUUUUAGAUUACGUUGAGUUUCAGAUCGGCCUCGAAAUGUUGCUGAAUACUUCACGAUUUUCAGUGUUUUCACCCGACCGUCCAUAAAGAGAGAUUCUGAAUUACCUGUCAGUUAAGGAUUUCAAAAUAGGAUUAUUCUUGAAGGCACUUAGCGAAUUAGUGAGUGUUCGGGCGCUCCUUUUUACGAAGAUGUUCGUUUGGGUCACAGGUGAAGACUCAUUCAAACAUCAAACUUCAUUUUCAAGAAACAUGGCUGUCCACAACGAAAGUCAGCAACGAAUAUGACUUCGAUCAACAAGAAAACUUUCCUUAAUAAGUUAUCUCUUUAAAAAGUACUUUAUUACUGCACUCCGUUGAAGGAUCUGUGUGUACUUUGCAUUUUUGCACGUUGUGGCGCGCGUAGAUGGGUUGUUUGGGUUUGUCUUAUCUUUGCCGUGCCUUGCCAUCGGGCACAGUGGAUUUGUGAAAAGAAAGAGUGGGGCGGGGACAACGAAAGUCUGUUUCACUGCAGCCGAUUUUGCGUAUAAGUCGGGGCUGUACCCACCCCCUCCGGCAGCAUCGAUCCUCGUCACUUUUGACCGUCGAGCUCUCUUCAUCUGUUGCUUUGGAUCAGGCUGCAUCUGCCGGUUGAUUUGGUAUCUUUGCAAGAAAAUUACAGAACGCCCUCCGACUUGGUUGGACAGACAGAAAUUAUAACCGUCUCUAGCACUGUUCUAGGACGUCUGGUAAUCAGGGGUCACCGCAUGCACUCUGCUUAAGGCUCUUGGUCGAUCGGUCGGGUAUCGCCGUCCUUUUAAGUAUGGUUCCCUAUUAUUAUAACCACAGGCGAUCCUCCGUCGAAAGCGACGACGACCACCAUUGUCUUGAAAAGGGUUAGAUCGCAGUUGGUAGCCAAAAAUGGGGAGGCAGACAGCCAGGCCCCUGUCGUACGGGAACGGUGAGGAAGGGGGUUCUAUGGGUGGUGUAAAUGGAAGGACUGGUAGGGGAAUGCUGGAGUUUCUGGGUAAAAGUUACCAGGGAAAGUGCUGGGAAGUAUUAAGUAGGUUGAAUGAUGGCAGAAAUUUAAACCCUAAAGCCCAACCCUGACCGCAACCGUAAAGCCUAACCCUAAGCCUCAAAAUCGAAACGUAGCCAAAAUCCUAAAACCCAACGCUAACCCAAAACCUAGCCAUAACCCUAACCUUUACCCUAACCCUAUAGCCUAAUCCUGACCUUAUCCUUAACCGUAACCCUAACGGAAACCUAAACCUUAACCCUAACACUGGAACCUGACCCUAAAACGCAAACCCUAAUCAUAAAACUUAACCUACGCCUAACCCUAACCCUUACUAAACCCAACAGCCUGACCGAAACGGGCGACCUGCCUAACUCAGUAAGAGCACGCCUACUGAUAACAUGUUCCCUAGGCAAGGUAAGCACACCUACUGGUAACAAGUGCGUACGUCGACAGUAUCAACGGAUAAUGUGUGGCUAACAACUGCGAUCUUAUCUUUGAAAAGGACCCAAUGAUGCCUUAUGUGAGUCCAAAACCGGCCAUUACUUUCCGAACAACCUAAUACCAAGAAAGUAUGCACGAAAAAGUCCUUCUCCGUACCCAGGUUGUCGGUCUUGACUUUACCGCAUUUUGGUUUGAUUCCGAGGCCACAUUCUUGGCCUGUAAGCCCAGGGGCCCUCGCGGCCGCAUAACUUAUUCACCGAUAGCAGGGGCCCCUUUUGACCGUUUCCAAAUUAGGCUGAUGUCAUUGGUUUGUCUUUCCUGUAACCAAUAACUCUUCACCCUCUUUUUCACCUCCAGGCGCGACGGGAGAACGAGAUGCUGAAGGAGGAGCUUCGUCUGAUGCGCAUUCAGUUGCAGAGUCUGGAGAAGGUUAUGCGACUGCAGGAGAGGGAGGCCUCGAGGAGUCUCACCGGACGGCACCAUCUCCCGCCCUCUCAGGCAGCGCCCAACCCAUCCCAAAAGUGCGGUUUGUUUGUCCUACUCGUCCUCUCCCCUUUGGGAUGUAAAGUAGGAGAUGGGAACUUGCGGGAAGCUGGCUUGGUCUGUAUCAUGUGUGCAGAGUGUACGAGUGCGAGCCGGAGCGAGUGAGCUCGCACGUGAUUGGAUGAAGGUAAAUAUUCACGCCCGCUUCUUGUGCAAGUCAGGAGACGAAGGGACAGACACGUAGAAUUUGGAAUGCACUCAGACGCCCGUAAUGCUAAGCCGCCAGUUUUCGUACUUGCUCGUGUGAGGGACCGUCUGAAUAGAAGCACAACAGUUUGACCGUCGUUACCGACUAUGCCCACCGUGUGCCUCACUACAGGGUGGGCGCAGUGACGUUGACUUGUGCGUAAAUUGAUUUAUAGUGAUAGCAGACUUGCGCCGCGUCUACUGCACUCACUCAUCCCCCACCCACCUGGGCCCGGUGUCAAGACAAAGUCGCGAAGACCGAGGGCGGGAUAGGAUAAAGGCGGCUACCACGACGCGGCCCUGCGCCUUUGUGUGCUAUCACACACCCCUCAUCUAUGCGCAGCUCAAUAGCUCUUGCUGUACGCUGAUCUGGUCAUCGUGUUAGCUCCGCGUGGCUCGUUGCAGUGACAGAAGAAAUAGGAGUUGGUUUUAAACGUCAACAGUUGCGCACGCAUAGCCUUCAAUGCCUGUGUCAGACCGCAUCAGGUCUAUGGACUCUGCAUAUAGGAGAGACGGUUGACACUGUUAUUGUUUGCACCGAGUGAACGCGGUUAAAAGGAGGUGUCCAGCACUUGGGCAGUGGGGUGAUCAAAUACCUACCGCAUCAGUUCGGUAUCAGAGAGCUCCCACGAUAUCGUCAGAGUGAUAUUGUUAUUAAAGAGGAUAUUGCCUCAUCCAGCAAUAUUGGCCCUCGUCACGUCCAGUUAGAAUGUAACGACUACAGCUCUCAAGUCGUCCGGAAGUUCGGUUAGGCCGUCGUUCGCUGCACAGCGGCUCUACGGGGUGGUUCGUCGAGUGGAAUUUUUCCACACUGUUGGAGUUGGAAGUUGGGCAUCUCUGUUCACUUCCCCAGCAGACCGGUUGCAGGUUUCAUAAUUGUGCUGCCCAGAAAUCUGCACUUUUCGGACGCGUUCUGACGUCCGGGAGCGUUUGGAAUCUCGCCAGGCGGAUACAGCAUCUUCUUUGAUACCCACUUACCCAAUAGUUGUCCUGAAUCCUGUCAAAAGCACUUACUCCUGAUGUGGGGGGGGGUAAAGUUUCUUAUGUUUUAUCGGUUGCUAUCGAACAGAUUCUAAAGGAAGCCUCGUGUCGGCCGAAGCUAUAGAUAUGUCCUUGCUUUUUACUCCCCCCACGCCAGGACCGAUUACGAUGAUAUGCCUCCGAUUUCGCCAGCCGACGGUCUGCUACGGGCCUGGAGACACCACGUUCUUCGUCUGUUGAUGCAGCAGAGCGCUGAGGCCGAGUCUGCGGAACGGGAGAAAGCCGACCUGCGGAUGGAGUUGGAGAAGGCUACUUCACAGGCUCAAACGCUCCAAGUUCAAGCCGAUUCGCUCAGCCUAAAACUGCAGGCCGGAGAUGCUGCCCUACAGGCAGCCAAUCAAAAAUCAGGGGUGAGAUGUGCUCAUCCAACUUUUGCGUUUGUUUGCGACUUAGUUUAGCACUUUACUGCCACUGAACGGCUUGACUUAUUCAUUGCCGGACAUCUGUAAAUAGUUGACUUGGAUCUUUGUUGAUAGAUGUGUAAAAUUCCUCGUUCGGGGCAGCGAGGACUGAUGAAGAUGGAAGUCUGUGGACUGCUAAAAAGACGGAGAAAGGACGACUUGUACAUAAGACCUUUCGAGUAGGCUACAGCCCUUAAAAUGAGUAAGCGGAAAUUUCAAUGCCGAACCGAGGCAAAUGAGCUCCGAAGAGGUGAUAGAGGUCACGAGCGGGUAAUCAUUUUUCGGACUGAACUUGAUCAAUAUGUGAUGAGCAGAGUGGGAGACCACAGAGAAUUGUGAGUCAAAGGCAAUUGAAUUCUGCGGAAAAACCGCAUCAUUCCUAUUCACGUUGAGGUAAUACCACAUUUUUGGAGUAGCGGAAAAUCUGUCAGAUUAAAAUUAUACUGCAUAGCCGGUAACGACAGUCGAACUUGGUGUAAUUAUUUAACGUGCUAAUAACACAGUUAUAGGCUAAAGGCCCAGACACGCGUGUUUUGUCGAUCUUGUGCCGCUGCCUGACGCAGCUGAGAGGGGUUCGGCUCAUCAGUGGACCCCCCAGCUCUCCCCGUGUGUUUUCUGGUAUAUGAACUCCAGUUUGAACUUGCCUUGUUUACUUUCCGUGGAAAUUAAUGCGUGAACUUGGAGUAAAUCUUUCAGAACAGAUCUUUUUGAGGCACGGCCCGAAAUUUGAUAUGAUUACUUGAGCCGAAAUCUAUCAUCUACUGCGGAAUAACCGCGUAAUAUUCUGAAAGAUUAACUCCAAGUUCGCGCAUCAGUUUCCUCGAAAAUUAAACAAAGCAAGUCGAACUUUCGUAUCGCGGAGCCAGCCGUGGCGUCCUUGAUGGUUAUUUUGCCAAAUGUAGGAAUGUAUGUGUGCCCAAACGAAAAAAAAUUGGUGUUCGUGAAACUCAAACCUUAUUUUUUACUGGGAGCUCUUUUCGUAGAUGUCAUUAAUAAACGGUAGAGUAGCAUUACCAACAAUGUCAAGGUAGACUGAAAUUGCCACUUCUGGCUUAUUAGGCAUUGUCAGCCGGCCAUACCUAGCUCCAGCUUUUUGAAACCCCUGGGACUCGAACCCGCGACCUGUUGGAUAGAGGUCCAACGUUCUAACCGCUGGGCCAUGUCGCUUUCCUUGACUAGGCUAUGCGACUGCCGGCGACUGAGCCAUGCGAUCGCCGGCAGGGCUUUAGAUCGAGCUUCAAACGCAAAACGGGGCAUAUGAUUUUCCUAACCAAUCGGUGAGCGCCCAUCAACCUUACAGGCCUUCCUGUUUCUGAUAUUUGCAAAGUUUUUUUCGGAGCGAAGAAAGUAGCGACUCUCACCCCUGUUUCAAAUUAGUAACUAGCUUUUCAGCAGAAACUCCGCUGGCAAUUUCGUCUUCUUUUACACCCCUGUAGCUACUGUCUCAACAGUUGCAGGAUUUACAAGUCUCCCUCAGCUCGAAGCAACAACAGGCAAAUAACUAUCGAGCUAGCCUGGAGGUCCUGUCAUCCGCUCUGCGUCAACUGGACCAGACACUUUUCGAUGGCGUCCCAGGUGGAACGCGAGCCGAGAGGUCGCGGUCCACCAACACCGCCCUCGCUGCCCUUCUGAGGCGAUUGCAGGUGCUGGAGCACAGGCUGGACUUUGCGUGCAGUCGACUUCCACUCGUCCGGUCACUGUUGACCCGUUCUCGGCACCUGUCUAGACAGGCAGCCCCUGCGUACCUGGCCGUAGGCACGGACAGCGCUGGCGUUCAAAACACAGGCACUCAGACGGAGUUGGACGCCGGGGUCUACAAUAAUGUUGACCUCACUGAGGACGUCGACGUAUUAAAGGAGUGAGUUUUGUCGCAGUGUAUCCUCCCAAGCACCUGUCACUUUGCAUCAUGUAUAUGCCGUGCGGUAAUUUGAUUGAUCCGUGAAGCCUAACGGAAUGAGGUUUCUGCCUGCGCCUGUGGGGGGUGGGGGGGGGGGGGGGGGGCACGUCGGCAAUGCGUGGGUUAUCAAUGUACUACGGUCGAUCAGUGCUUCUGUUUGUUGGUUGGCUGACAGCAUACCGAGAUGGGACCACAGGCCUGGGACGGCGCGAGGACGAGCUGACUUGAGAGUUAAUUUUGACAGAGUGAAAUAACCGACAAAGACAAAGGCGAGUGGAAUGGCGUUUCUGGUUUGUUGUUCAUCAUCAGCCGGUCACACCCAAUCCCGACGCAUGCAACCCCCUAGGCUCGAAUUCGCGACCCGUUGGCUAGAAGUCCAACGUCCUAACCGCUUAGCCACGGGCUCGCUGUCCUGUCGGUUGCUAUUGGGUACAUACAACGGAACUCCCCCGUGCCGUUGUGCCUUGGGGCUCACUUUCGAGCCCUGCCAGCAGCCGCGCAGCGGCGCGCAGUAUAGGCAGAGUAGCAUUGCCGACGAAGAUGGGUGGGGGACUGAAUGUCCAUUUCUGGCUCAUUAGCCGUCGUCAAUAGACAGGACUAUGGACCCGUGACCUCUAACCAACAGACUGCGAGUUCCAAAUUCGGGAGCUGCAUACCUCGGGUCUGGGUAUCGCUGGCUGAUGACGACCAAUACAGUUCGUGACCUAUCUGAUGAAAUGUCACGAACUGUGAACUUAAAUCGCCGUAGCGUACGAUACUGCCACUCCGCAUCCACGAAAGUUAUACUGCGUUAAAUAUACGAUCGAGCUUCAAAACAAGGCACGGUUUGGUUUAUAAAGUAUUAUUUAUUGAUUAAGAUAUUACUUAUUUUAGAAAAAACCACCAAAUCAAAAAAAUCGACUGCAUGACAGGCCAACUAUUGAGGGUUUAAUAUAAAUGUCAGCAGAGAAGGGAAAUUUUACAAAACGACAAAAAAAAAUGAAAAACAGUAAGAAAUACAACGUUUUAGUCCUUUUUUGUACUUUGUAGACCAGAAAUGGCCAUUCCGAUCUCCCUUGUCUUUGUCCGUAAUGCUAUUCCGCCUAUAUGUACAGUAGAUGUGCUAACUUAUGAAAUGUCAACUAAAAUUUCGAAAUGCGUUCUCGUUUCGAAAAGAUAAAUUAAGUAGUGUUGUAAAACUAAUCAUGAUGCAGCAUAAAUCUCUAAUGAUCCAGUUACCACAGGGUGUCAGCUUUCGAAAGAACUUAUUUUCGGUUGCAUGCAAAAUCUAUACUCUGCAAAAAAUGACUGCUUAAGUAGUAUGCAAUCUUCUCAUUGAUUUUCGAUGCCCUUGAAAACUCAAAUAUAUUUCAUGGAAAACAUACAUAAAAAUAUUCAUUCUUUUACUUAUUCGGUAGAAAAUCACGUCUUCUUCCAAUUUCAUACUCAAAAGAAGAGUAUAAUUCGGUUUUAAAAAAGUUUCUAAUUGUGAGAUUUUUUAAUACCGUUAAAAUGGCCGUUCAUGAAACGUCAUGUAUCUGCAUUUACGAAUGUGGCUUGUAAAGUUAACAAUCUUGCUCAAAUCGACUGCUUUAUUUUAUGGACCUCAUAUGGCCUCCUCUUAACACCGUAGAGAAAUGCAUGGUUUUCCGUACACGGAAAAUAUACAACUUGUAGUUUUGAAACCCUGAAUGCAAGUGUAACAGCAGGUCGGGUUCAAAAUUAUUCGGGAAUUAGAAAAGUCUUUUAAAACCGAAUUGUACUCUUCUUUUAAGUAUGAAAUUGGAAGAAAACGUGAUUUUCUAGCGAAUAAGUACAAGAAUGAAUAUUUUUAUGUAUGUUUUCCAUGACAUAUAAUUGAGUUUUCAAGGGCAUCGAAAAUCAAUGAGAAGAUUGCACACUACUUAAGUAGUCAUUUUUUGCAGAGUAUAGAUCUUGCUUGUAGCCGAAAAUAAUUUCUUUCGAAAGCCGACACCCUGAGGUAGCUGGAUCAUUACAGAUUUAUGCUGCAUCCUGAUUAGUUUUAUAACACUACUCAAUUCAUCUUUUCGAAACGGGAACACAUUUCGAAAUUCUGUUUGACAUUUCAUGAGCUAGCACAUCUACUGUACUACCAGCUGCUCUGUGGCCACGGACGGGGCACAAUGGGACGAGUGAGUCUGAUAACGCGAUCGGCGUGCCCUCUAAACCACUGUUCAUUUUGAACGACGUCAUAUCAAACCUCUUUUAGGGCCUUGGAGUGGAAGUGAAGUGACGGCGAACAGCGCAUAGUUCUGUGGAAGUUGGCUUUUUUGCUGUUUUAAGGGCCCAGUCAGCCACCAUCGGACCUAACCAGCAGCCUUGGAGUCAACACCGACAUGGAAGUUUCUAAUAAAACCUGUUUCCAUGAGUCGCGAAUGACAUCAGUGCGAGCUGAGGCACAAUCAUCAGUCCACACUUUCAUAUGGAAUUAUCGAACGCACUUAGAGUGAAGUCCUCAGUACAGAGCUAGUAGCAGCAGCAGCAGCAGCCGCAGAAGCAGCAGCAGCCAUCAAACUUAUCUGUUUUCUUUGAGUUCCAGACAAAAAUGCACCCGCUGAAUACGGGCAAAUUUCCUGGGCUCUCCUUGUUAACAAAAAAUGUUCGAAAAUUCCACUUCGUUUAGAUGGACUUUCUUGAGAAAACAUGUUCAAGUUACUCCAUGAUGGAAAAAAAACUUUGUACAGGGGCAUUGUUUCAAUGCAGGUCGUGGAAGUGGCCUUAUCGAUAUCAAAGCUCUCUAACGGAUUAAAUUUCGAAGCAUCAGUAGCGCCUCUGAGACGCUUAAGGGAAUCAUGCACCCAAGAAGACUGUCUUGAGUUUUGCCUUGGCAUCUCUACACUGCUCAGUGCGGAGCGGAGUUAUGCAGAUGAGCAAGGCAUAUAACAUUCGUACACGUCGUAAGGAUGAUGUAUAGUUGCCGGCCGGAGCCGUCCACGGAUGAUAGCAAACACUGGACCGCCUGAACACACUGACCGCCGCAUCGGCCUCCCGCCCGCGUACUUGACCGUAUGAACGCAUUAUCAGGUAGCCUGCAUCCAACAUUGACUGACUGAAGGAGAUUGUGCAUACCACUUAUUUGUUGUUUCAACCUGACCCUACUAAUCUCAGCCUCUUCUACGAACCCAAAGGUCUAACCCAAUAAACCCUUCGUGAAGGCGGUCGUAAAUCCCCCUAUUUUGUCCGUAGAAUUGUUAGCUAAUUUGAACACCCCUCUUUACCUAUUUUACUUUAAAAACUAACACUGCACUGACACAAGAAGGAAUCUGUCGUUCUUUAAUUUUCUCAGGAAUUAUCUACGAACUUGGAGCAGAUCAGUUUAUGCAAGGUCUAUAGGCUCAGGCCGAGAUUUUUAUGCUUGAAUAUUUGGGCCAAAGUCCAUCAGUCACAGCGGGUAAUCGCGUAAUAUUCAUUAACUGCCGAUAGGCAGCUAUUAGUAUAUUCUAAGGUAAGGCGAUACCAUACUAACGACACAGGUAUUAGCCAAAAGCCCAUACACGCGUGUUUCGCCGAUAUUCUGCCGCUGCAUGGCGCAGCCGUUAAUUCAAGCAUAAACUCUGUCGUCACCGCGGUCAAUAGGGAUUGUUUUCCGCCAAACUGCGUACUUAAGGGGCCAAGUCUCCGGUGUUUUUUUUUAAUUCUUGAGGAGAUCUUGAAAAACAUUACAGUUCUUACCACGACAACCGCAUUGCUUGUGUAUGGCUCUGCCUACGUCAGUGGAUAAUUCGCGAAGACUCCCCGUUUGACCAGCGUGAAUUUUUCUUCCAUACCCCUCAUUCUGGAACUGAAAAUCUUCACCAUUGUUCAUCUGCAAGAAAACUCAGUUCAGUGUUUAUUUUCUGUCCAUUUUAGAAUGGUUUGUCUUGCACAGCAGGAACGACAACAAGCUAUAGCCGAUCGCGACCUUCUGGCUAGUCGCCUCGAGGAGGAUUCACGCACCUUCCAGGAGCGAGUCGAUGCUGUAAAAAAGAAAUGUGAGUUUGAAUGUGUUUCCCUGGAGACUGCGGUGAUCACUUGUGGAAUAUUUGUCUUUGCUAACCAGUCUGAGAUUUGAAUCAAGCACCAGUGUGUCAAUGAUUUGAAGACUCACCAAUGGUUGAAUGGCGACCUAUCAACUUGUCUGGAGUAGUCAAAAACUCGACGUUUAUUAUAGUUGUUAAAAAACAUCAAAAUACCUUUAUUGUACACAUUUCAGUAGUAAUAUCAUUCUGCCUAUAUCAUGCGCCGCUGUGCGGCUGCUGUUUGGACUCGAGAGAGCCCGUAAGGCACAACGGGACGAGUGAGUUCCGUAAAAACGAUCGAUGAGCGCCCCCUACCAUUGUUCAUACCCGAUCGCAACCGACAGGACGAGCCCGCAGCACAGUGGUUAGAGGCGUUGGAAUUCCAACCAACAGUCCGCGGGAUCGAGCCCCAGGUGUUCCACCCCUCGAGGUGGUGUAUGACUGACGACGGCUAAUAAGCCCGAAACGGCUAUUCCAAUCUCCCUUGUCUUUGUCAGUAAUAGCAUUCUGCCUAUAUCAUGCGCUGCUGUGCGGCCGCUGGUUGGGCCCGAGAGAGAGCCCGUGAGGCACAACGGGACGAGUGAGUUCCGUCAAAACGAUCAGUGAACGUCCCUCUAGCAUUUUAAGGGCAUAUGAAUACCUUGUCAACUGCUUGACGCCUGGGACUUAGUGAGUGAUUUCCAAUAAAUGGUUAGAAGUCUUCAAUCAGAUGGCAGCAGGGCCGUGGACCAAGAUUCAUCAGUCGUUCCCAACUAACCAGAAUGUCUUGGAUUCUAACCCACGUAAGUGGGCGCGAAACCGAAUAGCCUAUCAGCAGAAAGCUACGUAAUUUCUCAAUAGUGAUGUUAUCCGAUAGUAUCUAACUGCAGGACGGAAAACGCCUGUUCCCACCUGCCCUGGAGGUCUUUUUUCCUGGAGAAUUGAAUGUGAACACCCUCUUUCACGUAUCGCCUAUCUGAUUUUUCUACAGUCUUUUGUGAUCCAUAGCGCGUUAAGAUACCUUUUGCUUGCCAAUCGACGGGGUGAUAUUAGCAAUCAAAUUUCUGGAGAGGGUCCAGCAACUAUUGCCCAACUAAGUAGUUGCGAUUUGUUUUGUUUUUUAUAUUAAGGCGUCUUUGAGGUGGCUAUUCUGGAUCAAAAACUCAUGGAGGCGGAACAGGACUCGAAGGACAAGGGGAUCGUAAGUUUUCGCCUUAUUAAUCCACCUUAUCUCCGCUGCAAAUGGCCUUUUUUAUUUCUGCUAGUUAGUAUUUUUCAGAUAGGCAGUCAUUGCCGACCACGCCUUUGGUAGCGCCAUGGCAGAUGUGCAACGUUGAGAUGCAUAAUUUCCUACAAAAUUAUUACGAGUUUAUGACGUGCUGACGAUCGAUUAUGGCCUCGAAACGGCCGUCUGCGUCUGGCGUGUUAGUAACUUGACGAGCUUUCUAAGUCCUAUGUCCGGUAUUUGUGCCCCCCAAACGGGCCACGUGGUAGAUGCGCUAGACCAACACGGGGCCCUAUCGGAUUCUGGCAGGCGUUAUCGAAUUUGGUUACCAUAACAAAUGCCAACAUUUCAGGGUGCGCGGGCAGACCCGGUUGGCGGCAGACGUCGCGCACACGGGGACCCCUGCUGCCUCCCCCCACUGUUGUUGUUGGUCAAAAACCUGGUCAUUUUCUGGGUGGACCAGAGGGUGUGGGGUGGAGCGUCAAGGUGCGGGCUCGACCGUGCCAUCCACCUGCGCCCUCAUCCGCCUCCGGUCUUCUUGACUCUGUCUUGACACCGGGUCCAGGUGGGGGAGGAGGGAAGAGUGGGGUGGAUGCAGUGCAAGUCUGCUAUCACUAUAAACUGCUGUAGGUCACACGGCGGACAUUGUCGGCAACGACGGCCGGACUCUCAUGCGGUAUGUGUCCUCUGGCACAACAUUCGGUAUCACUAGCAGCCUACCUGGCAGGCGGACAGAAUGGGAUUUAGAAAGACUCCAACAGGGGAAUGUCACGUGCCUACUGCUUUGACAAGUUUUUAUGCAUACCUGCACUUCAGACGGCACAAGACAAGCCUAUGGGGUACUGUCGAUCGGUAAUAACCGCGAACCAGCUGUCUGCAUCUGGUGUGUCAGUACCGUGACAAACAAGCAGGGGUCCCCUAAACAGGGCAUGAGACUGGGAACGCUCCACCCAAGUAGCAGUGGUGAAGACGAAGAUGCGAUCAGUGUAACUAGAAGUAUAUUGGCCCGAAGUUUCGGAUUCUCGCCCGAAUCUAUCAUCAGAGACAGUCGCAGAUAGAAGUGAGCAUGAGCAUAAUGUCGGAAAAGACAAACUAUUCGCGUGUUCUAUCCGCAACAUAACCCCUAAUAUAAAACUAACUUGCUGUUCCGAUCUUAACCCUACCCUAAACCUCAACUCUGCGUUUAACACUGACCCCUUACCUUAAUCUUACAUUCGAUUCUGGUUUACCUUAGCGUUAACUCUAAAUCUUGCCCCAAAUCUAAUCCUUAACCUAACCCUGGCCCUGACCUUAAACCUAACCCUAAUUGCACUGGAAGUUGCCGGCGGUUCCUGUUCUCAUGUCCUGUUUAGGGACCUUCGUCGAGCGCAUCUACCACGUUGCCCGUUUUAGGUAUAUACAUAAAUAAAUAAAUAAAUUUUUUAUUUAAUGCCAGUUUACAGGCAUUGUCAAGGGAAGCGAUUAAACAUAAAUCCGACCAGCAGUGAAAAAAAACUCCUGAGCUAAAGGGAUAAAAAUAUAGUUGAUGGUGGUUUUUAUGGUUUGGAGGGCUCAGGAGGAAAAACUGCCGGCGGUGGUAGAAUAUCGACCGUCAAGAAGGGGGGAGGUUGCACGGUAUCAGAGAUUGUCGGACGCCAAAUUCCUUUAAUGAAGUUGGGGAUAGCCAAAGUAGAGGCGUUGAGGAACAGCUGGUGAGACCGGACAUAGUGUUCAGAGACCACAAACGCCAUCGCUACGGUACAGUCGAUCAGUAGAUUCAGCACCCAAAAUUUGUGGGAGCUUUUCUGAAUGCAAAAAUCGAGUAAUAGUUCUCUUAAAUAAAGGAUAAUUUUGCAGAGUUUUCGCACUCAUUGGUAGUUUAUUCCAAAUAGCGAUUGCAUUUACAGAAUAGAACCGACGAUAUUUAACAGCACGUGCUAGAGGCAGAAAUAAGAAGACCUCACGGCGACUGUUACGUCGUGGGUGGAUAUGAUGUCUUAAAGAAGUGAGUGGGUUAAAUGUGUGAUUAUAUAAGAGUUUAAAUAGCAAAAAUAGUCCCUUUUGUAAUCUACGGAACCAUAAAGGAUCGAGGCCUGUAAGCCGGCAACGUUCUUGGUAAGACAAAUGUCGUUGUUCCGGGGUUAAAAUUCUCUUGGUAAAAAAGUGUUAAACGGAUUCUAUUUUCUUCCGCUCAGAAGCACACAUGAGGCUAAAUGAAAACGAACAGUAUUCCAGACCAGGUCUAACGUACAUGUUGUAAAGGCGCAUUCUAAUGUCCCUAGUUUUAAAAUUUCGGAGGAUAAACCCGGUCGUUCUACGUGCUUUGGAGACUAUCAAGGCACAGUGCUCCGAGAGAUUGAGACUCUUGGAGUAUGAUACGCCCAGAUCCUUUAUAACCCUGGGCACAUUUAUGGCGUGACUUUCAAUACUUAGUUGAGGAUGGCGGUCGUCGCCAACCACCAUGACUGAGCACUUAUGCACACCCGCUGUGUGUGCGAACACGCACGCACACCUGACUGCCGCCUUUGCCCUCUUUUUUUUUAGGAACUUGAGAGCGUCCGCCAACGACUGAAUGAUCUCACGCUGGAGCACCAGCGUCUCGUGGAGGAGUCGAACCAGACGCGUGAGCGCCUGGAAUCUCAACUGGCCUCGGUGCAGUGCGACCUGGCCAAAGCCAUCGUGGCCGCCAGACGAGCUGAGCGGAAAGCCAAUCAGCAGGAGGUGGAGCGAAAGGCCCAGGUAGUUACCCUUUUCUCUCCCUCUUCUCCCCCUCCGACCUCCUUUGGCGGAAAACGAGUCGCCACAUAAUUUAGCUGUUUUUUGGGCAACGGUAUAGAGAAGGACCCCGCUUUACGGUCAUUAGUCUGUGGAUCGUGUCAUAUGGGGCUUUAUCAUUUGCAGACUGUUGCAGAAAUUACACUGCCAACAACGGUUGCUUCCCACGACCUCACACCUUAACCCAAAAUCUGUUGUCGUACAAUAGCGUAGGAUAAGACUUUCGGCAUAAACCCAGGCAGUUUCUGUGUUUUCUUCCAUUUUGCCAGCUUACUGUCUUGCGUGCUGCCCCACCCACAAAACUCCUUUUGCCAUAAAUCACGUAUGGCACGAUCCACAGUCUACUGACAGUUAAAUGGGGUCCCUCUCUAUACCGUUGCCGUUUUUUGUUCGGAUAACCGAUCAUGUAUUUAUUGGCAACAUUGUCGUUGCGGCCCCACCUCGAAAAUGGAAUUCAGAGACUCCGGUAGUACGUGAAGGAUGUUAGUGGGGUUUUUAUGAAUGGGACAUAUGAAGGUAAUAAUUAACGUAAUUCGCAGAAGCCAUUGGGCAAACUCGCAUUUCUGCUAUGUUCUGUUAUCUCAAAGAGGUGCCCGAACAGAUCACGUCAUUUGUGUUGGCAGUGCCUACACCCAAAAACAAGAGGCAGCCAAUCACGGGAGGCCAUGUGCGUUUUCUCUACAGCGCUGUCAUCUUAAUCGUGGCACCUCUCCAGUGACUUUCCCCCUCGGGCUUGAUCGAUCUGCGUAUUCGAAAUAUGGACCAGCUCGUCUGGGAUGUUCUUCCCGAAGGGCAUUGGGCCGAAUGCCGGCGAACCACAGUAGGGCGUUAUGAAUAUGCAUUACUUCCAGUUAAUCUUGUCUUGCGAUUUCCUAAUACACAUUUUCUUGGCCGGUCGCUUCUCCUCCUCUGCCGAGUCGGGCACGCAUACGCUCCCACGUACUUUCAAGUACCAGGCCAGGCCAUAACAAUUUGAAAGGCGCAAAUUGAGGGCACGCAAGCGGGUGGGAUGCAGUUAAUUUGUGGUUGUUGGUUAACGAUCGUCGGAUCGGAUAAGAUAGCAUUAGACAGGAAAAAUUAGGCCCGACCCUAGUCUUUAACCUAACCUUGUCCUUAAACCUAGCUCUAGCCUUAACCGUAACCCGUAUUCGUAAGCUUGACCGCAAUCGUAACCCCAACAUUGUAUGCCUACGCAAAUGAAAUAAGUAGGCAUAUUCUAGGAAUCAGUCUUAGGUGGGAAUGAUAGGAUGGACCCGAAGCUGCCAAGGAAGUUCAAGGAAGAGUCAGAUGGAUUGUACUUCAUUCCUUUGCAUUGCAUGUUUUCCCCUGUUGCUGUUAGGACUUUCGACAUGUUGAAUUACCACAACUUUUGCCAGAGAUAAUCGCCCACUUUUUGUCCAAGCUGCUCCUCUUUUAAGCCGUUCUAGUUCUGACACUUGUAAGAUGGUUUCUUGUAGGAUCUCAAAUAGGUGCGUAGGCAGUCGAUCGUGGCAAAAUUGCAUGUUUUGCUCAUUUUGCUAUUUGACUUUGCGAAGUCGUUGAUACGCACCAGUUAUAAAUGCUCCAAGCAUUUAUUGGUCAUUACGGGUAGCAAUUUGAAAGUUCUGAGAUGAGGCGAGGGGACGCGACCAAUCUAUCCUAGGUGGCCAUGCACACACUGGACACAAACUUGCAUGGGCGAACACUCGCAUUGUCGGCGUCUGCCCAAUAAGGAAAGGGUGCGAAUUUCUGGAAGUAGUGUGCUCAGAUUAGGCAUACAUAAACCGGCAUAUCGAUCUAGAUGCCACAUACAACAUCGUUAACGGCAAAUUAAAACCGGUUCAACCAAUACCGAGGAGAUGACAAAUUACAGUUAACACGCAUUGGCUCAGACUUUAACCAAUCAUGGAAGUUAAUUAUUUUUGCACACCCAUAGCCUGAAGACGAGCUGGGGAACCAGCCUCGAAAAUUUACACAAUACAAUUUAUAGUUUCCUAAAAAAUUGCAUCUUCCCAAUUAAAUUCCUUGGAAUUCCUGUUUUUGAGUUGCGAAAAUUCCCAUUGUAAAAUUCAAAAGGCAAUUUGGCGAGCAUACGUUUGCUUUCGAUAAAUUCUCUUCAGGCCUGUACAUUUAUAUGGCUAUUGAAGUAAUGAAUGCACAAGAUACGGGUAGACAGGGGAGGGUAGGGGAGGGGGAGGGUGAGACACCAUAAUUCCAGUCGGCGCCAGGGGGGAAGGUGGGUCCCGGCGAAUGCAGUUACAUGCGGGUGUCUGGCUUGGUGGCUUUGGCCCAUGGUAACUGUGGGGCCUGCACGAAAUUCUUCUGCGCGCAUAGGACCGGCCGGCGUAGCCUAAUUGCAGCGGCCUCUGCCGUUGCCAACAAGCGCUGCCCAAGCAGUUUUGGAUAGCUUGAUGGGACCUUGUAGAUCACUCUGAAGGCCUCUGUGGCGUCUACACGGUGGCCUGUGUCUACCAUGUGCGCGAGGAUCGAGCUGUUGAUGUUCUUAAUUUGUCCCUUUCCUAACCAUGCUGGGAGAUGUUCUUUCAUUCUUUUGGAUAAACGCCGGCUCGUGCGACCAAUAUAUUCUGCCCCACAGGAGCAGGUGAAGGAGUAGAUACACAUAGAGGUGGUCUGAGCUGGUAAUUUGUCCUUGCCCUCUCCGUAUAGGAUGGGACUGGUGGAGAACAAUACACGGGUGUCAGCUGCUGGAAAGGUCUGUGCUACAGCUUGGGUUAGGCGUCUUCUCAGAAGUUCACUUGGUGCAUCCCCUUGAAAUGGGACCCUGAUAAAGAGCCUUUUCUUUCCCGCCGUCAGCAUCGGGGGCUUUUGCGGUCUUUCGGCCAUGUUCUUAGCGAUGAAUCGGUCAGGAUACCCGUUUUGGCGAAAUAGGCUUUCGAUGAUCUUAAGCUCUUUCUCAACGCUAUCGGCUGAGCAGAUUCUUCUCACUCUUUCUGUCAAACAGCGGACUAAAUUACGUUUAACGUUUAGCGGUACGAAACUCCCAAAAUGGGUGUAUUGUCCGGACCACGUUUUCUUACGAUAAACGCUACGUCGAAUGCUGUCGUCAGGUCUUCUACUCAGAAGCACAUCCAGAAAGGGAAGUGAACCGGCCUGUUCUUCUUCCAGAGUGAAUUUUAUUGAUGGGUGCGCUCGAUUUAUGUCAUCCAGUAGAAUUGAGAUGUCGCUUAGUUUCGGUGCAAUCGCGAAUAUAUCAUCCACGUAUCGCAUAUAGUAUCUUAGACCGUUGAUCUGGUGACGUAACUGGACAGCUUCUAAUUUUCCCAUGAAGAUAUUCGCCAAAAGCGGGCCAAGGGGCGAGCCCAUUGCUACGCCGUCCAUCUGCCUAUAUAGAUUGUUGUCGAAUAGGAACUGUACGUUCAAGGUACACCUCAAUAACAAUUCCUUGAGGGCAUUUACUGGCAGUCCUAUAUCCUGUUGAUUGUCCUGUUUUUUAAUUCUAUAUGUAUCGCGUUCAUCAUCCCCCGUAGAAGACGAAGAAGAAGAUAGGGCGAAUUCAUGGACCGAGUUAUAUUUGUACUGACGUUUCGGAAACCCUUACUUACUUACUUACUUACCUGUUUUGCCGCCUUUACCACGUACUCUUAGGUUACCGAGCUUGAAUCCGGUUACGACGCCAAAUUUGCACAGAUGAAAAAAGAUCUGCAGGCAGCGACGCAUCAACUCCUGCUGCGUCCACCGGAUCUCGCAAGUGCAGCCUACCACACUCCGAUCUUUCCUUCCGCUGCGUUGCUCGAUCCCCCCACCAACAAAGAUACUACUUUACCUGCCCAAGAAACCGUACGGGAUGAGCAGGUUUCACAUGCUGGUACCGAUCCGACUAAAACCCUUGCGAAGGGAGGCACAGACCAACCAACUCUUCCGACCUGCCAUAUUCCUGCUGAUCAACUGGGUAGGUUUUUCAUGUAAAAAGGGCAGUACUUUCAUGUACUUUGAGUGGGUACCACCGAUGCUACCUGUCAUGUGUACGGAGGCUAGGACGCUGUCUAAGCCUACAGGCACGUGACAUGCCGUCCAUCGUGCCGGAGACCGCCAAGUCAAACUUUCUGUUCGUGUCGGUUCCUUUGAAGUGUCCGGCGAUUUAACUGCUACUUGUGUUAACCUACUUGUACUUGGUGCGGCUAGGAUCCUGCCUGAUCUAACCAGCCUUUAUUGUAUCCCGAAUAGUACCUUUUCGCGUAUGCCAAUCUGUGGUAGUGAACCUAGAGUGCGCUAUUCAUUCUUUCCCUUAACAACAGAAACCAGAUACAGUAGAUCGAAGGUCUACCUCUAUGUCUGGACGCACUAUAUUGAGCCAGGGUUUUAACUGACCUCUUUGGAUUCUCCAGGUAGGCAAAGACGUCAGAUCAGGGGAACCAACGCUGAGUUCGUGGAGGUGGACGACGAAGAACGUGCUCAAACUAUCUCAGCCCUCUUUUUCCAAUGACCUGCGAUAUCCCCGCGGUGUCGUCGCUGCGAAUGCGGAUUGUAUCAUUCGAGACGAAAUAUGUGUACUCCAUUCGAUGGAUGGUUGUCAGGGAACAUUGACCGAACACCUCUAGUUUUCUCUCAUCUUGAAGGCGCGUACAGGAUGAUUGAGAGGUCAGAUGGCCCGAUAUAUGCCAAUCGUUUUGCCGAUGGUGGCAUCGCGUGUGGUUCGCUGAUAUUUUUGACGAUUUUGAAAACCCUCAGACAUCACUGAUCCUGGAGACGUCGCAGUUUCUGCUCUCCUCAUCCGGCGACAAUCUCGCUCAGAGGAAUUCGGACCUGGCCACUUCUUCAAGUCGACAGUUAUUAAUCUCAACGGAGUCCUCUCCUGGACAGAAACGCAGCCCAAGAAGACUUCGAUCUUUCUAGAGUUUUUCGAUAAAUUGGCGGAUCUGGCGACCUCAUUCACAGAGGACCCCAUAUUAUAUAACUCGCUUAAGUCGUACGCUAGCAGAGAAGACUUUGUUCAGCAUCCGGGUGCAAAUUUGAUACUACUGAAUUUCCUUUGAACCCUUCAACGGAUCUGUAGCAGUCCGUCUCCGCGAUCCCUAGCGCGUCCACUUACUUAUGUCACCUUUCUGUCCGCCCCACGUCCCCUGUCAAUUCGCGGCUCCAGCCACUUACGCCUUGGCACCAGCUCGAAGCCAAUCAGCGUUGAGUCUUAGAUGAUUGGCUGUAGGCGGAGACAGCUCAGACAGAGGUAUGCGCGGUCGGCGCCGACGCCCUACAACCUCAAGGUCGCACACUCCUGCUCAACGAUAACGCUAUCUGCAACUGCUCGCAGUGCUGUUUACACUCAGCCUCAGUAAACGAUCGUCCACCUGACCGCCCUCUCUGUCUUCGAUUUGUGAACUUUCAAGCUUUCGACCAUCCUACUUCGGCAAACCUGGUCAUUGCCGCAACCAAACAGGACGAGCUACAGGGUGCAACCUCGUUCAACGCCAGAAUGAAUGUGAAACUACCGGGAUAUUAUUGUAGAUCAGAAUUUGCAGUUCUGGAGUGAUAAAUGACCUUUAUCACACCAGUAAUCUAUGCCAAAAUACCGUCGAACUCCGUUAGCCUUCACAGGAACACUUAAUUAGUUGAGUCAAACGCUGCGGCAAGUGGAGGGCCUUUGGUUGUUGGUAGCCAUUACAAGGUUCAACAAUAUGUCGCUGUGGGAAUAUUUUGUCUGCUCCUCGUCGUCCAACUCAAAACCCAACUUUGCUGAACUUCGUUCUAGAGCCACGUAAACUCUGAACUGGCCUAUAAAUGAUGAUGACAAAGACAUUUACCGCAACGUCGGUGACGCCUAUGCCAUGGUAGUUCGCGAGCCCGCUAAGUAAGUGUUUGGAAGCGGUCGCCUUGCUGACUGACCAAUCCUGGAACCGACGCAGUGCGCAGACGGACAGUGUUUGACAGCGAGGCUCCUCGGAGUCUCCGUUGGGGUGUGUUGCUAGUGGGAUCCACGGUGACCGCUGCUUUUCACGAAACAGCCCAUGGCGACUCCAGCAGUGCUGCCACUAUCACUAGAUCGUAUCUCGGUUAACGGGGAAAGAGCUAAGCUGCUCUCGCAAGCAGUGGUGACCACUGGCGUCUUGACGGACAAGGAGUCCCCGGCUGGAAUUUACUGAGUUCUUCCUUAAUAUCUUGGGCUGGAGUAUAGAUGACAUCAGUGGCCACUGGCAAAUCGACGGAACGAGAGGUUUCGUCUGGAAUUUAGAGUGUUUCGUUUAAUGCCUUGACCUGGGGUAUGGGUGAAAGACGACAGAAAGUAAGCCAAAAUUGUUACUUCAGUUCCCCUUGUACAUUUCUGCCUAAGGCACACAUGCACGAGUCCAGCCACCCAAGCUCAAGCGAGGGCUCUCAUCUAUCAGGAACAUUUGAAAAGCCGGUAAUCGCGUCUCUUCGUCAUUUUGAAACGGGCUUUCGGGACCCUGUAAGACCACUGUCCAAAGCUUAGCCAGGAGACUGCAAGCCUUGCAGUGGUGCAUACCCAUGAGGCUGCCAUCUGUUCAGGCACGCUGCUGCUGUUGCUGCUGCUGUCGCAGUUUCACGCACGCUUUCCCCCCUCACACGCGCACACCGUGUGCCUGCGUGCAGCCAGUCACGGGCUUGCCGGGUAGUUCAACCUUGACGUCUGCGCUAUAAGCUCCGUACGCCCUCUACCGAAUUCAACUAACGGGCGCACAAGUGAUCAUAUUUGCGCCAACGUCCAUCCUCAGCCUCGUGUACGCUUUCGCUCAGGGAGGGCUGCCCUGCCGACCCUGUUUUCUGGUUUGAUACAGUAGUAUUUUCACGGGUCGUACACAACUGGCAUCCAACAAGUCGAUUGAUGCACUUAUUGAAACUUUCGAAAAAAGACCACGGAGGCACGGAAGACUACUGAUAACAAGAAUGACUGGGCACACAAACCCUAUUCGUCCUUCUGGUUUGGUCCCCGUCGACCUUCCAGUCAUCCAGCUGCAACGUAUGUUCGUCUUCUGCUAGAGGGUUCGCUACUGUUACAUGCACGCGAUAACACGUGAUAUCUGGGUAACUUACGAUUUAGGGCGUGCUGUGUUGCCUUAUUGCAUACUGUUCUUUUCAUGGUUCGUAGACCUUUUUACGGCUGGUGACAUGGGAGAACGCCAGCUUGUCUUCCUCCUCCUGCUCCUCCUGCUCUUUAUCCUCCUUCUCCCCCCACCUCCUCCUCCUCCUCCUCCUCCUCCUCUUUCGCGGACUAAUAUCCAUCAUGUUAAAGUUGGUUCUUCGCGAAAUCCUGGCACGAUUUCCGACCGACGGCGACCGGAUUAUAAUUAUUAUACCAAAUUAACAUUUUUGUCUUCAAAGUAUCAACAAGGGUUUGUCGGGGUUUCCGCCGAAUUGUAUUAUCAGUGUUACGUGUUUCGCUUGGUCAGUGCUGAUUUACUUCUUUCGUGAUUUUAUGUAUGGACUUUCGCAUCAGCUGAAAAACACUGCGGUGGGCUGUUAAUACUGGGCCCAAAUUUCCUCUUUUGCCUCUCGCCUUGGCCACUUUUCGACUUUAGCGCAAAAGAUCGCCUAUUUGGUCAACAUAAGGAUGCUCUUUUUAUUUCUUUUUAUACCACAUAAUGACACCACCUACUGACUACACUCACACGUCCCUAAGUGAAAUUAAUUUCCAACCUUCAUUGCUCAUUUCAACUCUAGUUAAGCCAACAUUUCUCGUUCGCGCUUGACUAUGACAGGCAGAAAUUUCGCCAAAAAAUUUUAUGCACUUCCAAAAGAAAAUGCACUCUGUCUAUCCGCCCAUACUCAUAAUAUACAAUAUGCAAUCAAACAGCACCCUUUGCGGACUGACUUUAAGAGGAAAUGGAAUCGAAAGAUUGACCGAGAUUAAGCAGUCGGGCAAUGUCAUAUGGGUUCCACGUUUGUGUCGCAUGGGAGGUUUGUGAGUAAACGACUCUGUGUCGAAUUAGCUUGCCAAUGAAGGUCCUUAUUUUACGGAUACACUGUCGGUCGUUAAUCCCAAUUUCCAGUGUAUGAGCAUUAUGUCGUAGUGUAUGUUACAGCUCCCCUUUGUUUAUUACUCUCGUGGGUCUGCACAACCCUCAAUUUCAGUAUUGUUUUUUUUUCUCAGGUGUCGUUCAGGACACUCUAGCCCGUUUGGCGGACUUGGCAAAGUGUAUUACCGAGGAGAAAGACAAGGAUGAGGACGACGUUAGUGAAUGA